CUGACAGGCUAUGGCGGUAUUUGAAUACUUUAACAUUGAUGAAGUAAACGACUGUCUCGUGCUGAUAUUAAAUAACGUCCGGCAACAAUACCGGAUUGCUAAUCGUGCAUGGAAUCUACAGCACCCAGAUCAGGCAUUUGACGUCCGCCCAAUCUGGGAUCUAUGGGUCCGGCAUCAUUUCUCGGAGAUGGUGACUUACACGCGGACACGUAUCACUUACUGGCUGGAUCGACUCGACAGCCGGUGGACGGGAAUUUCGACUUUCACGGCCACUCGCGCUCUGCAAGACGUUCAGCGUAUUCGAAAUAGACUGAACACCAUAGUUCGCCUCAGCACCGAUGGUUUAGCUUCAGAUAUUGGUGAUGAUAGUGCGAACGAUCCGCCUGCUCAAAUAGAACCUACAGAUAGAGAAGAGUGAUACGCAGGAUAUAAGGUAGUUGCUUAGAGGGGCGAGCGAUAUUCGCUGAAUUAUAUAGAAUUUGUCAGUUCACAUGUAUUCAUUAACUAUCUGUCUCUAA